AUGGACAGCGGCGGCCGGCUGGGGGUGGUGUUAGAGACCGGGAAGAACCACAGUGGGAGGAGGAGCGAGCGUCGCCCCUGGAGGACCGGAGAGGCACUGCACCGCCCCUAUGGUUGUGACAUUGAACCCCAGGCACUGAAUGAAGCCAUCAGGUGGAGCUCCAAGGAGAACCUUCUUGGAGCCACUGAGAGUGACCCCAAUCUUUUUGUUGCACUUUAUGAUUUUGUAGCAAGUGGUGACAACACACUCAGCAUCACCAAAGGUGAGAAGUUACGAGUACUUGGUUACAACCAGAAUGGUGAAUGGAGUGAGGUGCGCUCUAAGAAUGGGCAGGGAUGGGUGCCAAGUAACUACAUCACCCCCGUGAACAGCUUGGAGAAGCACUCUUGGUAUCAUGGACCAGUGUCACGCAGUGCAGCUGAGUAUCUGCUGAGCAGCCUCAUUAAUGGCAGCUUCCUAGUUCGGGAAAGUGAGAGUAGUCCAGGACAACUAUCCAUCUCACUCAGGUACGAGGGACGUGUUUACCACUACAGGAUCAAUACCACCAGUGAUGGCAAGGUAUAUGUGACAGCUGAAAGCCGUUUCAACACAUUAGCAGAGCUAGUUCACCAUCACUCAACUGUAGCUGAUGGCCUUGUGACAACCUUGCACUACCCAGCACCAAAGUGCAAUAAGCCCACAGUGUAUGGGGUGUCUCCUAUCCAUGAUAAGUGGGAAAUGGAACGAACAGAUAUCACCAUGAAGCACAAGCUUGGGGGAGGACAGUAUGGUGAAGUGUAUGUUGGGAUGUGGAAGAAAUACAACCUGACAGUUGCUGUGAAAACACUCAAGGAAGAUACUAUGGAAGUGGAAGAAUUCUUGAAAGAAGCUUCUGUUAUGAAGGAAAUCAAGCACCCAAAUUUAGUGCAGUUAUUAGGUGUUUGUACACUGGAACCUCCCUUUUACAUAGUGACAGAAUACAUGCCUUAUGGUAACUUGUUGGACUACCUGCGGGAAUGCAAUCGGGAGGAAGUGACAGCUGUUGUUCUACUGUAUAUGGCCACCCAGAUAUCUUCUGCUAUGGAGUAUCUGGAGAAGAAAAAUUUCAUCCACAGGGAUCUAGCAGCUCGAAAUUGUUUAGUUGGAGAAAAUCAUGUGGUGAAAGUGGCUGACUUCGGACUAAGCAGAUUGAUGACUGGAGACACGUACACAGCACAUGCUGGUGCAAAAUUUCCUAUCAAAUGGACAGCACCUGAGAGCCUAGCCUACAACACAUUUUCAAUCAAAUCAGAUGUUUGGGCUUUUGGAGUAUUAUUAUGGGAGAUUGCAACCUAUGGAAUGUCACCUUAUCCUGGCAUUGACCUCUCUCAGGUUUAUGAUCUGCUAGAGAAAGGUUACCGAAUGGAACAGCCUGAAGGGUGUCCUCCAAAGGUCUACGAACUCAUGAGAGCAUGUUGGAAAUGGAACCCACUAGACAGGCCUUCAUUUGCUGAGACUCACCAAGCAUUUGAAACUAUGUUCCAUGAUUCCAGCAUUUCUGAAGAAGUGGCAGAAGAACUUGGAAGAACAGCAUCCUCUUCAUCCAUAGUUCCAUAUUUGCCCCGAUUACCCAUGCUUCCUUCCAAGACCAGGACCUUGAAAAAACAAGCAGAAAACAAAGAAAAUAUUGAAGGAACUCAGGAUACUGUAGACUUUUCUGCUUCCAGCUCUGCACCAGGUUUUAUGAGAAGCACACAACACACCAGCGGAUCCCCAGCACUACCUCGCAAACAGAGAGACAAGUCGCCCAGUGGCUUGUUAGAAGAGACCAGAGAGACAACCUUUACCCGGGACAGGAAGGGUGGUUUCUUUAGUUCUUUCAUGAAGAAGAAAAAUGCCCCCACACCCCCAAAGCGCAGCAGCUCCUUCCGUGAGAUGGAGAAUCAGCCUCAUAAGAAGUAUGAGUUGACCGGUAACUUUUCAGCAGCUGCACCUUUGCAGCAUAUUGAUGGCUUUUCUUUUACCCCCUCCCAGCAGGAUGGAAAUCUUUGUUCAUCCAAAUGCUAUGUUGGAGGAUUUGCACAGCGGAACUUCUGUGGUGAUGAUAGUGGAGGAGGCAGCAAUAGCAGUGGUGGAGGCACAAGCACUGGUAGUGGAUGGUCAGGCAUCACAGGCUUCUUUACCCCUCGCCUCAUUAAAAAGACAUUGGGUUUACGAGCUGGAAGGCCUGCUGGUGGUGAAGAAACAUCAAAGCCUUUCCCUCGGUCUAAUUCAACAUCUUCCAUGUCUUCUGGUCUUCCUGAGCAGGAGAGAAUGGCAAUGACCCUUCCCCGGAAUUGCCAUAGAUCAAAAAUCCAUUUGGAAAGGACUGUGUCUGCCACUUCUCAGCCAGAGGAGAAUGCAAACAAGUCCAGUGACCUUCCCAAAAGGUGUGAAGAAGUCCCCACUCUGACCAGAGACAGACCAAAAGCUAAACUUUUGUCAAGAGGUGCUACUGCUGUUCCCCUCAGAACUCCUGUUGAUACAGCCAUUUCAGAGAAGGAGUGUCCGGGACCAACAGCAGCAGCAAGCCUGAAGAGCAAAGAGAAGAGCAGUGGUACACGACAAGGGUCAGUAGAAGGUGAAGAGAAGUCAAGCUGGCCUUCUCCAGCUAAGGCUGUAGCAGCACUCCCAACCACUCAUAACCACAAAGUGCCCGUCCUCAUCUCUCCAACUUUAAAGCAUACUCCAGCUGAAGUGCAGCUCAUUGGCACAGACUCUCAGGGGAAUCGGUUCAAGCUCUUGUCUGAGCAUCAAGUUACUGCUUCCAGUGACAAGGACAGGCCUAAACGGAUAAAACCAAAGUGUGCUCCUCCACCACCACCAGUCAUGAAACUCCUGCAUCAGCCUCCUGCUUGCCUGGAUACAACAGAGGAGUUGAAUAAUGGAGCAUUGGCACAGCAGGAGCAGGAAACCAGUGAGAGCAACAAAAAGUCAGCAAUGGCACCUGCCGGGGGGAAAACAGGAAGGCCAAUAAUGCCUCCACCUCAAGUGCCUUUGUCCUUGUCUUCCACUUCACCUGCCAAAAUGGCCAAUGGCACUGCGGGAGCCAAAGUAGCACUGAGAAAGACCAAACAGACAACAGAGAGGAUCUCAGCAGACAAAAUCAGCAAAGAGGCAUUGCUGGAGUGUGCAGACCUCCUCUCAAGUGCCCUUGCAGAAUCCACCACAAACAGCCAGCUGGUGGACACGGGACACCAGCUCUUAGAUUACUGUUCUGGCUAUGUGGACUGCAUCCCCCAAACACGCAACAAGUUUGCCUUUCGAGAAGCCGUGAGCAAACUAGAACUGAGCCUGCAAGAACUGCAGGUGUCCUCGGCAGCUGCUAGCGUGCCUGGAGCCAAUCCUGUACUUAAUAAUUUAUUGUCUUGUGUUCAAGAAAUCAGUGAUGUUGUUCAGAGGUAGCUGCUGUCAAAUAGUCUGGUUAGGAGGUGAUAAAUGCACACAUAGUGGAGGGAGAAGGUUCAAAAUAACAUCUUCCGGUGUGUGCGUUUUUUCCUCCUAUUGAUGCUUUUGAAAGAAAAGAUGGGAUACUUGAGUAAGUUUUAUGUGAAGUACCUCAGAUCACUGAGCUCUCAUGUUUACAGGUUCAUCUCAGUACAUGGGACAGAUGGGAGGGAAGUCAAGCUUCCUGGGGUGGGGGGUCAGAUAGCUGCAGCAGAAAAGGGCAGAAUGUUAAGAAUUUGCCCUUGCCAGAAAACCUGCAUCUGCAAAAGACAAGCUUCUGCUCACAUUCUGCUUCUGGGAGGCAGUAGAAUCAACAAUGGGGCCCUAGUUUUGGGAACGGCCUGCUGUUCUCUGUGAUGCUACCCUGCUGACCAGAAUUAUUUGAGAAGAGUGAGGGCUAUUUUUCUGCAUUACUGCAUGCUUUGACCUCCUGAGAUCAUGGCAAAAAAAGAUUCAAAAACUCCACUUGAACUGGAGCUGACAAACCUUCCAGCAAGUGAGAGAUUAGUUUUUGUGAAGGUCCAUUCUGUUGAAAUGAUGAUUAAACCUACAGGAAGUGGAUGCACUAAACCAUCUGGCAGAAUUUCCACAGUGCAUUUGCUGCUGUAAUCAGAGAUGCAAAAAAAGGAAAGGAAAAGAGAAAGAGAGGGGAAAAUGGACUGAUGUAGGGAACACACCCCAUUUCGUUACCCUCCUCACAUCUUUUACCACCAACACAUCAACUUUUUCAGAGCAUCUUGGGUGAUGGUUGGGCAGUUUUGCCACUGGAUUUCACACUAUCUCAGCCACACUCAAAUUGGCUUUCAUCGCUGUUCUGGUAGUGUAGUGUGGAUACCUAAUCUGGCAUUUGCUUUUGAGUAGUUUGGGGAUGUGGCACAGACUUACCAGACAUUGUUAUUUUGUCUUGUUUUGACCUUUAUCACAACAUUAGUUCUGUCUUCUUUUAUAAAUCUUGGGGGCCACCCUGAAUUAAAGGCAUUGCAUAAUGCUGCUUCUA